AUGGCAUGGGAUGCUGGAGCUAGACGAGUUGAAGUUCAAUCUGACUCCCGAACAGCCAUCCAGCUCAUCCAAUCGGCGACGGAGACUCACCCGCACCGGAUGAUGAUUAUGACGGCAAGGCAGCUGAUACAGAGGGAUUGGGAGGUGACCAUCACUCACACUUUUCGCGAAGGGAACUUCACUGCUGAUUUCCUCGCUUCGCAAGGCCAUGACUACCCGAUCGGAAUUCAUUCCUUUCCGGGAAACAAUCCGAACCUGCUCCACUGGCUCCUCUACGACCGAAUGGGGGUUGCUAUCCCCCGCCUUGUGAAUGUGUAA